AUGAAUUCAAGCAAAGCAAAGUUAUCGAAAAGUAUACUGGAAAUGAAAUUUAUGAAACGUACUAAAGAAAAAGUAGAAAAACAACAAUUUCAAGAAGAAGGUGAAGAAUAUUUUGGAAAUGAAGUCACAAAACGUAUGAAGAAGGAAUCUGAAAGAUUCAUCAUUGAACCUAGUUACAUCUUUUGUGAGAAGUUAAUUGAUGGCAGAGUAAGUUAUCAGGGAAUGAAUCCUGAGGUGGAAAAGUUAAUGGAAGCUGAAGAAAAAAAUAAAUGUGUUUUAUUGGAUAUAAAGAAUGAUACAGAUAUUUCAGAUGAACAAAUGGUAGAACAUUGGAAAGGCUUAAGGACUAAAAUAAAAUCUAAAUACACAAAUGUAGAACAAAUACCAAAAAGUAAUACUAAAUGUGAAUCAGUGCCAAAGAAGCCAAAAUAUUUAAAGCCUCAAGAUUAAUAUUAAAUAUUAAUUGUUUGUACAUAUUCAACUAUUGAUUGUAAUAG